AUGUUAUUGACAAUAACAUUACAAAUUGAUAAUAUCAAUAGUGGUGGUGGUGGUAAUACCAGUCCUACUUUGCAGGGUGGUACACUAACACCACAAUUGGCAAUGUCAUUAUCAGCACCAGCAACUGCUUCAAACAACAAAAGAGCAUCACUCAAUGUAUCACAAUUACAAUUACAACAAGGAUCAAAAACCUAUAGUCUAGAUGAAAAGUCUAGUUACAAGACUGUAUUUUUAGCAAUAUGUGCAUUGUUUGGUAUUGCAGACACCAACUCUGACAGUUAUAUCUUGCAAGUAGAAUCGAGUAAAAAGUAUCUCAAUUGGCCACCCAUUCAAGACGAAUCGAAAACCAAACACAUUGUCAAAUACCUCAUAGAGUCGGGUGAAUCCUCCAUCCUAUUGAAAUAUAAUCCAACCUAUCGUGCAAUGCGUUGGGUUAAAGCUUUAAAUGAAGAAGAUAAUCAAAAAGAUAUCAUAUUUCAUUUAAAAUAUAAAUUACAAGAAUCAGAAUUUGCAGAAUCAUUUAUUGAACAAGGAGGAGUUGAUGGUAUAUUGACAAGUGUAACAUCGGCCAAAGGUAAUGCACAGACAUAUGCAUUGGGAGCGUUGAGAGCAUGUUUGGAGUAUGUCAGUGGUAUGGAUAUCAUUACAAAGACACCGGCAUUGAUCAAACAAUUGUUUGCAUUGGUUGAUUCGUCGGUGGUUGGAGUAUGUCGUAGUUCGUUGGAACUGUUGUUUGUCAUGUGUAAUAUAAGAAGAGAGGAAGGGUUCAAUUCAAUCCAUCUCGCUGCCAAGGCUUUGGCACAGGCCCAAGAAAAGAGACCGUAUGCCAAUAUCGUCAGAUUGUUGGAUAGCGGUGACCUCGAGACCAAAAUCAAUUCAUUUACUCUGCUCAAUGUCAUGUUGGAUUGUUGUCCAUCCGAAGAGAAAACACAAAAAUUGGUAAAGAAAUGGGGUGACUUGGGAUUACACGACAAACUACGAUCGUUGGUUGAAAUUCAACAAAAGGAAUUCCAAAUUCAAUUGGAACUCUAUGAAGAUCUAACUGGCAUCAAACUUCGAACUAAAGCUUCGAGACUCGAAGAAAUAUGUAAACGUCUUAAAACUAAACUCAAUGAAUACGAUAGUCAACAACCUUUGGUCAAUAUCCUAAAAGAAGAAUUAAGAUUAAAUCAACAAUUAAUUAAAGAAGCUUCAAAUGAUAGAAUAUUUUUAAAUUCACAUCCAGUACAAAGAUUUUUAGGACCAUUAAAUCCAAGUUAUCCAGUUGAUUUAUCAUUCCUUAGAACAACAGUGAUUGAAAAGGAGAAGAUAUUGGAUUUGGAGAGGAAAUUAUUGUCGAUUAAUGAAACGUUGAAACAAGAGCUACGACAAUCGGAAGAAUACAAGAAUCAACUACUAACCUAUAAAAAGACGUAUGAUUCGACCAUCUCGGAUUUGACGGUUGAAAAUCAACGUCUUGCACAACAAGAAAUUAAAUAUAAAUUUGAAAUGGAUCAAUUAAAGAGUGAAUUGACUAGUCGUGGACCUGCUACAGUAUUGGGUGGUGGAGCAGCGAUUGCAGCAGUUGGAUCACUUGAAGAAGCAUUAUUGGAGAUUCAAAGAUUAAAAUUGGUUUUGGAGGAAAAGAAUCCACCUGAUCAAGCUCAGAUUGGUGAUGCUGAUGGUGCAUCUAAUCUAAGUGUUCCUGAAAAGGUUUCAUUGUCACCUGAUACAUCGGCUACUGAUGCUGGUGAUGGUGAUAGUGCUGCUGGUGGGCCACCCCCUCCACCUCCACCUCCACCUCCACCAGGUGGUGCACCACCCCCUCCCCCAGGUGGCGGUCCUCCUCCACCACCACCACCUCCACCUCCAGGAGGCAAGAAACUUGCCGGACCAUCUGCCAUCCAACCGACCAAACCAGCCGUCAACCCAGGUGCCAAGAUGAAACCACUCUAUUGGAAGCGUAUCAUUCUACCACCCUCUGGAAGAUCGGAAUCGAUUUGGGAUCAAAUUCUCGAACCAACAUUCAACGCCAAAGAUUUUGAAGAAAUGUUUUGUCAAAAAAAGAAACAAGAAGCUUUAAACAAGGCGUCAAUGGGAGAGAAUAAUAAUGGCAGUGACAAUGGAGCCGAUAAACCAUUAGAAAAGAUUAAAUUGGUAUCAGUGAUUGACCUUAAAAAGUCAAAUGCUAUUGCAUUUAUGCUUGCCAAGUUGCCAGCGGUCGAAGAGUUGAAAAGAGCGGUUGACAAACUAGACAGUAACAAAUUGCACAAGGAAGUGAUCAAAACACUCUUGCAAAAUGUUCCAACCGACGAAGACUACCAAACCAUCAAGGCGAGUGAGGUGCCAGUCGCUCGAUUGGACCGUCCCGAACGUUGGAUACUCGAAAUGCACUCUGUCCAAUUCCUCAAGGAACGUCUCCGUUGUUGGUUGUUUACCAUUGAAUUCAACGAGACUAUUACCAACCUCUCGAAUAGUUUCCAACUCUUGUCCAAGGCAUGCACAGAUGCCAAGGCAAACGAAAGUCUCAGAAAGAUACUAGGUAUUGUUUUGGUACUUGGUAACCACAUGAAUGGCGGGUCUAGUCGUGGUCAAGCCGAUGGUUUCAACCUCGAGAUUCUCGACACUCUCUCCACCACCAAAGAUGUCGAUGGCAAGCAAACGCUACUCGAGUAUAUCGCCAGAAUGGCCGUUGACAAGUACCCCAAGACACUUACACUAGUCGAUGAACUCGAGUCACUCGGACAAGUCCAACUAUCACUACAAGACAUCCAAACCGAUGUUGGUGAUCUAGAUGGUCAAUUCAAUAUUUGUAAUAACCUCUCGACCAAGAUUGGUGAGGGUCUCGGUGACUUUAGUUCAAUCGUUCCACCCUUUUUGAAAAAGGCAGAGGCAGACAUUAAAAAACUUAAAGACACUCAAAAAGACACCAUCGAAAAGUUCCACACGCUCAUUGAAUUUUUCGGCUACCCCAAGACGGCCACAUCAUCCAUCACAUGCCAACAAUUUUUCGGAUCAAUCUAUGCCUUUUCAGCGGCAUUCUCCAAGAUGGCUCAAAAAAUCGACCGUGACAUUAAAAAUAACAACAAGUCUACCAAUACUGGAACAGGCGAGGGUAAAAAGAUUGGUGGUGGUUCAGAUCCACUCGCAGCUUUGGCCAAUGCAAUUAAAUUGGGUCAAACUGGUUUAAGAAAGAAAAUGGCUGAAAAGGAAAAUAACAGUAGUAAUAAUAGUAGUAAUUCAGGUAGUUCAAUAAUGAAAGAAAAAGAUAAUAAUAAUAAUAAUAAUCCAACUCCAAUAACUCAAUCAAAUUCUUUAUCUUUACCAGUUUUAAAAUAA